UUUAUUAAGAAAAUGACUCUUAACAAAUGCUGUUGACUCAACUGUAAAAAGUGUUUCAAGCUCUUCAACAUUUUGCUGAUUCUCCUUGACAUUGCCUUUAUUGUCUUUGUCGUUGGCUCUGAUGGUGGACUCUGGUAUAUCCUGUCUUUGCAUGCCGCCUUCUUGCUUCCGAGUAUCCUGUAUCAGUCCUGUUCUUACCUGAGGAAUAGCUCUGACUUUUGGGGGCAACUUUUCAGAAAACUCUCGAUCGUCUUGAGCAUGCUGUUCUUCUUAGGUGGCCUUGGCCUUGUUGUUACAGUGGUUGGCUCAGGUGACAUCGGAGAAAUCAUCUUGUAUGCUUUCAUGUUGAUUGUGUAUGCACUGCCAGGCAUGCUUUUAUCAGCAUCGUUCUUGCUGAUGAUUUGGACAGGUGAUAAGCCAUUCUGGAGUUUGAAGAUAAUCCGAACUCUUCCUGAAUCACACUAUCCAAUGAUCUUAAUAAGAAAAGAAGAUCUCGAGCUUUAUACUCAACCUAAUCUUUCUAUAUAAUUUUUAGGAUAUGCUCGCAACAAAAGCUGUAAUUUGUGAAUC